AUGUGUACGAUAACUUCCCUCGUGCACCCCCGAAGCAUCGAGUACGAUGCGCACGACCCUUACGCACUUUCAGCCAUAUUGGAAAGCGGUGUUGCACACGGCACUCAAGGUUUAUGACAGGUUGUGUAUCACUGACAGAGGGAGCAGGAGAGGAGAGGCGGUGCCGAGAAGGCGAACGAAGAAGUUUCUCAAAGGACACCACCACUAAAAGCCACAUCAAAACCAACACCUCCCGCUACUCUUGAAGAAGAAGACCACCCAGCGACGUUCUCCAUAGCACUCCUCAGGAGUCCCUCUUCCAUCGCCUCUUAAGGCUCCCUCCUCCUCCUUCCUUCUUUCUGCGGCGACAAUGGCGGCGUUCCUGCUGCUGCUGCUGCCGAUGCUCCUCAAGGUCACUUCGAUCUUCCUCCUGACGAAGGGCAUGGUCGGGGCGGCGACGGGCUGCCCGGCCCCGGACGCCUCCGACGACCAGAUCCUCAGGGACCUGCCGCAGCUGCGCGACCUCUUCGACCGGUACGCCGACGGCAACGACGUCCUCACCCCGGAGGGCCUCCAGAGACUGCUGCGUAGCCUGGGUCUCGACUUAUCCCCGGACCACCGCCAUUCGUCCGACCACGUCACUCACGACCACAACCCGGAGGAAGGGCACAAGCGCAGCAACCACCUCAGUCACGACCACAACCACGACGACGACCACCACCACCAGCACAAGCCGCCGCCGCCACACGGGGCUCCCCUCGACAACAACGACCACUCCGCGUACUCCUCCUCCUCCUCCUCCUCCGCAGGCAAGUCUCCCAAGGGCGCCGCCGCCGCUGACGACCACUUCGACAGUCCCGACGACGACCACGUCCAUCACGACCACGAGAACCACGCUGAUGGCAAGUCGGGGCUAGACAAGUCAGGGCAGGGCCGAGGGACGCCCCCAGGCAGGCACCGCAAGGAGGGCGCCGGCGACGCUGAAGAAGAAGGCGCCCACGGCAGGAGGAGUGGCCAAGGUCAGGCCAGCGAGACGUCCAACUCGUCUCGAGUGAAACCACAGUCUGCAGCAACAGCGCUUGCACGGGGGUCAACACGUCAUCAUGCAACGCCAGAUCCUGGGAAGUGUGGAGUAGGACUAGAGAGUAUCCUGCGAGGCUCCGGCGUGUCCCUGGGCGACUCGAUCUCAGCCAGGGCGUUCCUGUCACUGUGUCCAGGCAUCGUCAACUACCUAGACUCGUGUGCUGUGCCCUUCGCCAUGGAUGAGGGACAUGAUCACCACCACAGCCACGAUCCCAACGACGAGAGGGAAACCAGCACACACUUCGUCGGGCACGAUCACAUGCAUGACCACGACCCCCACUCCCACAUGGAUGCUGCUUCGGGGUACUCGGCAGACAGUUGGAUUGGAGCCAUUUUAAGCAUGAUGGUGAUUGGGUUGGUUGGUUUGGGAUGCAUUAUGCUCAUUCCAGCCCUAAAGCGGAGUCAGUAUUACGAUCAAGUGAAUCAUUUUUUGUUGGCCCUUGCUGUGGGGACACUAGCUGGCGAUGCCUUGAUUCACUUAUUACCUCAUGCAAUUAGUAUGAAUGUCCCAGAGAGUACCAACGUUCAUCUUCAACAUGCAUUGCUCGGCUUCACAGCUUUGGGAGGGAUAAUCAUAUUUCUGUUUCUUGAACGUGGCCAUAAUCUCUUUUGUGGUGGCCAUGGUCACAGCCAUAGUCAUGGUCAUGACCCAGGAUUGACUUUGUCAAGGAGUAAGGAGGAGAUGGAUAAAGAGACUGUGGGAACAGCAACAACAAUUGAAGAGACUGGGAGUCAAAGUGUUGAUAAGAUAGGAGAGAAACUUUGCAAACAUUCCAAACAUAAUUCCUUUAUAUAUGCAGAAAGCACAAUGUCUUUAGAUGCACAAAACUGUUUUGAAGGCUGCAGUUCGAAUGUAAGUCCCAGUAGUGAUGCCAAUGGCAAUAAUGAUUUAGACAGAACAAGAUUAGAGGAGCAAAUUGCUUCCAUACCAGAAAAGGAAGGAUUGGUCUCCUCACUUGAAAAUGAGGCUGAGAUAACAUCCAUUGAGAAGCAGGUGGCUAAGUUAGUUGAAGAAAAGAAACUUGAGUCAUCUUCAGCAGAAAAGGAAAAAUUAGUAACAAGUCCUGACGAUAAGUCUGAAAUGUGCAGAAAAUUAUCUCUGAAUCUAGACACUCCAACAUCUGGACGUCAUAGAGUUUUGAGGCAGAAUAGUAGCAGCUUUAACAUGGUCCUGCAAGAGUAUCAUGUUGGACACCAUGGCCAUUCACAUCAUGGUCACUCGCAUGUUACAGGUCGCAAGGACUCCUUGCGUGCUGUUAUUUUAGUUGGUGAUGCUAUGCACACUCUUCUUGAUGGUAUGGCCAUUGGAGCAGCUUUUGGAUCUAGUGUUACUGGAGGAGUGGCAACUUCAAUCGCUGUUCUUUGCCAUGAGCUUCCACACAAAGUUGGUGACUUUGCUCUUCUUUUUGAAAUGGGAAUGAAGUUGCGUCAGGCUGUGAAAAUGAUGAUAUUGCUGUGGUUGCUAAGUUUGGCAGGCCUUGUCAUUGGAGUUAUGCUCGGCUCUAUCCAGACAGCAUCCCCAUGGAUAUAUUCUUUUACUGCAGGAGUUUUCAUUUAUUUGGCUUUGGUAGAUUUGUUAUCGGAGCUUUCUGUCCGCCCUGGUGAGAAACGUGGAGUUCUAGGUCAAAUGUUGCUGCAAGUCCUAGGAAUGUUGACUGGUGCAGUUAUCAUGUUAUUCAUUGCUAUGUAUGAACAUGAUUUAGAAGAACUUUUGGAGGGUUCCUUUUGAAAAAAGGACUGAUCUCAUAGCAUGCUGUACAACAGAUUACUAUUCAUGACAGCUCUUUAGAGUGAUUUAAUGUUGGUCAUAAUUGUAUCAUCAAAGAGAGAUUUUGGAGCUUAUGAGCCCUGUGUGAGAUUUUGAUACGAAGCAAUUAAUUGAAAUGAAGUAUGAAGCAAUACAGGAGAGUAAACGCAUAGAAAAUGCAUCAAUAUUUUGUUUUCCACUGCAUUUAAGAUGUAGAUACAAAGAUUAAUGUAAUCUUGCUCAUAGUGACUUGAAGAUUAAUAGGCUUCUGCGGCUUUUCAUAUGUACUGUAAUUAAUAAGUUUUGUGCUAUUUGAUGGCUGUUAACGUAGAUGAACAUUUGUAUUUUAACUGUAAGAAUAAUGUCAAUGCUCAUUCAGUGAGUUUUUACAGAAGCAUUUUGAAAUCUCUUUAUCAUAAUUUGCUUGAUGCAGACUUAGUAUGUACUGUAUUGUAGGUAUCUACAGUAGAAUUUUAUAACUAAAUCUUCCUCUGCUGAUUGGAAAUUUUAAUUACUAUGCAGUGGUAGCAGUGUGAACAAGAAUCAAAUAUUUCUGUUUAGAAGAUAUUUUUCAAGAGAAAUUUUCUAUUAUAAUAAAACCUUUGUGAUUUGGUGAAGUGUUAGUGAAAUCAUUGAUAGAAAAAUGUUUAGUUAAACAUUUUGCUAUUUUGAAAGCAAGAGUUGUUGACAAAUGAAUUCUUUUUAUUUUUCAACUAGUUUGCUAAAUUCGUUACUUUGGAAUGUCAAGUUUCAAGAGAAAUGCAGGUUGUUCAUUUAAAUCAAAAGUAUAUUAGAAUUGAAAUGGUAACAUUUUUCAGUUUUUUUUUUCAGUGAAUGGUAAGAGUCACAUACUAUUUGAAUAUGAAGUUGGAGCAGACACUUAUGCCAUUUUGAACUUUGCAGCUAUCUAUUGCUGAUAAAAUGUGAUUGCACAGCCCCAUGUCGCUAAAAGAAUUUAUAAGGACAUGUUGACUAAAUCCUUUUUGGCAGCACAUUAGAUUAUCACUAUUCUGUUAAUGUUUAGAACCACAUAUUGUAGUAGUAGUACUUACAUCAACAUUAUCAUAUUACUUUUCCUUCAAAAUAUACUCCAGAUUUUUUCCAAGUUGGUUCUUCAUGUGCUGGCAAAUAUUAAGAAAAGCAUCAUCUCUUUAGCAAUACGCACUGAAGUGAUAUAAAAUAGUUGCCCUUGAUGAUAGUUAUCAAUUGAUUAUUUAGUAUGCUAUUUUUAUUAUAAUAUUUCCUUUGUAGCAGAGGAAGAACUUCACUUAGUGAGAUGUAGGAUGCUUUUCAGAAGUUCAAAACUAUUUUCAUUUUAGUCAUGCUUUUGUAAUUUUGGACUUAGGGUAACUGGAGAGAAAAGCGGCAGAGUGCUCGUGUUAUUGUUAACAAUAAGUUCCUACCAUAGAAUAUUUGUUAUUUAUGUGUUUUUUUUUAUUGUAAAAAACCAAUAAGAUUUUGAGGUAGUGUGAGUAUGUUGUUAGUGGUCCUUUGCAGCAAAAUAUUAGUAUUGCAAAGACAUAUAUCACGAAAUCUAUUUCUGUAUACAUAUUGUAUUAACGAAUUGUACAUGCUCACAUUCCUUAAUGACAAAACAUUAAGUAACAUAAGUGUACUUAAUAGUGAUGUACAUUUAUUUUUUUUAUGAAAGCCUAAUUCUCAUACAAAUAUGUAACACUACAAGUGGGUGAAAAGGCUGUUCUGUACUAAAAUGUAAUGUGUAUCAUAGCUAUACAGUAUUAACCUUUGUUUCUGCCAAAGUAGUAUGUUUCUUUGUUACUCUAGCUUGAUUUGAGAGUUUUAUAUUGAGAGUACUGAAAUGCCACCAUAAUGCAGUGUAGGACUUGGAUGACCAUUUACUGUACAAAUGUUGUGUUGUCGUCAUAGAAAGUCUCAGUGCUGUUAUAAUCAUUUAUGACUAGAUGAAGUUUGUAUUUACUUAAUGAGCCCUCUUAAUGAAUCAUACUACAGUACCUUUAUUUCAUCUCACUCUGCAUGUCUUACUGUUUUCAACUCAAACUAUUGUGUUAUAAAGCGACUUAAGAGACUUUUUGGCUCCAGAAUAAGCAAAUCAUGUAUAGUCUUUCAUGGGUUGUAAUUGUGGUUACUAUUUAAUAAUGUUACUUAUAUAGAUUUAGUAUUGUGUCACAUUUACAAAAUGAUGUGAGGAUCAUUUUAGAGGCAUAAGCACAAUAGCAAAACUUUUGAAGUAAAAAGAAAAAAAAAUUCCCUAUUAUUUAUAGUAUGAAAGAAUAACAUUUCUUUUAGUAUAACGCCCAUUCCAUAAAAAGGUGCUACAAAAUCCUUUUAUACUAAUAUAUUUUUGAUGAAAUGUAUAAGGAAUUUCUUUUUGUAUAAUCCAUAAAAUGAUUGCAGGUACAGGAUCACUAAAAUCCCGUAUAGUGCCACAAUGUCGAGUUCUUAUUGCGUUGUCUUCGAGUUGCUGAGAAUUUUACUGAAUAUUUCUCUUGAUGCAAAAGGUACAUUAUAUGGACUGUGGAAAAAGCAAGAAAGUGAGCUUGUUUUCAUGUUUUUUUUUUUAUGUUCCUAUAUUUUGAUACCUUUAUAUAUUUGUAAUGGCAUUCAGUUAAUACAUUUCAACUGCUUGUGUUGAGUUAUCUUUUCGGUUUGUUGCUUAUCGGUGUCAUGAAAUCAGUCAGUAUCCCUGAAUUGUAAUUCAGAGCAGAUUACUUUUGGUGUAUUGUCAUUUGCAGCUGUCUCAAACUGGGACACAUAAAGACUGUAAGUUUCUUGUUGCUUGCAAGCUCAUUAUGUUUCAUAACAAGUGCAGUCAUUUAAAGGAAAAGUGUGAUGAUAUUUAUAAUGUAUUUUUUAUUAUCUUUUUACCUCUUAUCGAUAUCAGAAGUGGAAAGUUAAAUUCUCAACUCCAUUGAAACUCAACCUUACUUGGCGAUGUCUGUGGAUAACCAUGAAAAUGGUUAGAAAUAUAUUGUUGAAGUGUGAUAAAAGUAAAGAUAUUUUCUAAUAA